UCCCCUGGGGCAUGCACCCCAGGGUGUCCCGCGGGCAGGUGGGACAGCACAGCCCCCCGCCACCCCUGCGGUGGGGAGCACAGGAGAAGGGCUGCACCCUCCUGGUCGAAGGACUGGAUUAAUUUCCUUCUCUUCUUCCUUCCUUGCCAUACACAUCCCCUCGCUGGAUUUUAUGUGCAGAGUCCCGCACGGGCUGCGAGGUGCUGCAGAUGCGCCCGACCGCUGCCGCACCGGCACCUUCCCCGGGACAGUGAUGGCCACGCAGCUCGUGGCUUCUUGGGGACCGGUGACAACCUGUAUCAUCCCUCGUGUGUGCUCUCCUGGGAGACAUCAGUGCCUUCGUGUACGUUAGCAGAAGACCCGCAGCAUCUCCACACUCCCCUUCUCUCCUCCCGCUGCCACCAAGAAACCCGGGAGGGUUCUAAGCCAUUCGGGGCUGGGGUCUGCCCCGCCAGCAGCUGCAGACAUGAGGCUGCUCCUGAUCGUUCUGCCACCGCUUUUCUAUGCUGCUACAAAGCCUCUUCUGAUCCACUCCUGGAGGGACGGGUAUGCGUGUCCUUUGGGGCAGUUCCCCUGCGGCAACCUCUCGGUCUGCCUGCCCCAGGCCCUGCACUGCAACGGGGCGGAGGACUGCGACAACGGAGCAGAUGAGGAGAACUGUGUGGAUGACAGCGGCUGGCUGCAGAUUGUGGGCGACGUGCUGUCUGCGAGGAGCAGCAGGAUGGCGGUGGAAGACGAGGAUGAUGCCUGCUGGCUGGAGCAAUUCCCAGAGCGGUGCCGGUGCUGGGGCUGGGCUGUAGACUGCACCGAGCAGGACCUUGCCACUGUCCCCUGGGUCUCCUCCAACGUGACCAAGAUGGACCUGAAGAAAAAUGAAAUCCAUUCUCUACUGGACAAUCAGUUUGCUAGGUACAGGAGUCUGAAGAAGCUGUUUUUGCAAAACAACAAGAUCUGGUUAAUCACACCCAAAGCCUUUGCUGGACUUUCUCAGCUUAAAACAUUGUUCCUCAGCCACAACAGGAUUGCGCAGCUGAAGCCCCGGAUGUUUGAGGACCUGCAUCGCCUCGAGUGGCUGAUGCUAGACAACAACAGGAUUGCUCAGAUCAUCCCCACGAUGUUUGCAGGAUUGAAGUCACUGUAUUUCCUGUACCUGCUGAACAACUCUUUGGCUCAAAUACCUAAUGUGUCCCUCUGUGCGGAGAUGCCGAAGCUCAGCUGGCUGGAGCUGGAAGGGAACCGGAUCCGGGCGGUGCGCAGGGCGAUCUUCCAGGAGUGCCAUGACUUCACGGUGCUGAUACUGCGCAGAAACAAGCUCAAGUGGAUCCAAGAUGGGACGUUUUCCAGGCUGAACAGGCUGGUGGAGCUCGAUCUAUCGUCCAACAGACUAGACCAGCUCCCCUCCUCUCUAUUUAACGGCCUGGCUGAGCUCCAGCAGCUGAAUAUUUCCUACAACCCCUUGAAAGAAAUCUUCCCCAGCCAGUUUGAGAGCCUGUCCCAGCUGCGUUCUCUGAGCCUGGAAGGACUGGAGAUCCCCAACAUCCACAACCUGACCUUCCAGAAGUUGACCAACCUCUCCCACAUCUACUUCAAGAAGUUCCAGUACUGCAGCUACGCACCCCACGUGCGCAGCUGCAAGCCCAACACCGACGGCAUCUCCUCCUUCGAGAACCUCCUCGCCAACAUCAUCCUGCGCGUCUUCGUCUGGGUCAUUGCCUGCCUCACCUGCUUCGGCAACCUCUUCGUCAUCUGCAUGCGGUCCUUCAUCGUCACAGAGAACAGCCAGCACACCAUGGCCAUCAAGUCCCUGUGCUGUGCAGACGGCCUGAUGGGCAUCUACCUCUUUGUCAUUGGAGCCUUCGACCUCAAAUACGCGGGCGAAUACAACAAGCAUGCCCAGGGCUGGAUGGGCAGCCUCCAGUGCCAGCUGGUGGGCAGCCUGGCCAUGCUCUCCUCCGAGGUGUCAGUUCUGCUGCUGACCUACAUGACUCUGGAGAAAUACUUCUCCAUUGUUUUCCCGUUCAGCCACCACCAAGCUGGCAAGAAGCAGACCAUCUUGGUGCUAGCAGCCAUCUGGCUUCUGGGCCUCUCACUCAGCAUUAUCCCCCUGUGGUGUAAAGACACCUUUGGGAACUACUACGGGAGAAAUGGGGUGUGCUUCCCGCUGCAGUCCGAGCUGGGCGAGCGGCCCAGUGCCCGGGGCUACUCUGCCACCAUCUACCUGGGCUUGAAUCUCGCAGCCUUCAUGACCAUCGUCUUCGCCUACUCUGGCAUGUUCUACUCCAUCCACAUCACUGCGUCCAAAACAGCAGAGAGAGGCGUCUGCUCCCGGGAAGUCACCAUUGCAAAGCGGUUCUUCUUCAUCGUCUUCACUGAUGCUCUCUGCUGGAUACCCAUCUUCCUCCUCAAGCUGCUCUCCCUGCUGCAGCUGGAAAUACCAGGCACUGUUACCUCCUGGGUGGUCAUCUUCAUCCUGCCCAUCAACAGUGCCCUGAAUCCCAUCCUCUACACCAUCACCACGGCCUCCUUCCAGGAGAAGGUGAAGGGCUGUCUGCAGACCAAGCAGCUGGAGCAGCAUGAGUCCCGUAAGAGCUUUACCCUGGUGACACUGCAGGCCAGCAGCGCUUGAGCCUGCCUGGGACAUAUUGCUCAGCUCUAGGAUGCUUCUGCAAUGGAAAAUUGCUAAGCAUGAAGGUUUCUUCAUCCACCAGCAGAUACCGUUAGUAUUUUAUUAAUUACACAGAGGGGAAAAACAGCCCUCAUCCAAGUCAAACAAUCUGUUGCUGUUUCAUAUGGUACAAAAUGAAAGUCCCUUAAAUACAAAAUACACAUCUCUUAAGUGAGCAACACCUGGCACUGAACUCUACCACCGGAGUCAUAUAUUAAUAUUCCAACUGUACAAGUAUUUAUAGAUAGAAAAAAAAGAAACAUUUUAAAAAAAUAUUAGGAGAAAAAUCACUCCCCCAACUGUUAGUUAUAUUUUUAUAUAUAUAUAAAAUAUAUAUAUAAAAACACAGAAUACAGGCUGAGUUGCUUUUUUUUUUUUUUUUUACCGAAAGAGAGACAGAUAGGAUGUGUUACGGCAAAACUGACACUGGGAAUCGCUCCCAUGUGUGGGUCGUGUUGCCUUCCAGUUGGAACGCUGUCUGGUAACUUGGGUCCCUGCCUGAACGGAGAAACCAGGUCAGCUCUCUGGGUGCUGUUAGCCACGGUGGACAGUUUCUCCGUGGAGGAAAGUGAGGGAUGGGAAGGGGAAUGGAUAUCUCUGCAGGGAGUAACGGUAGCGAGGGCGCUCUGUGCCCAGGAGGGGCAUGGGCUCUGCCCCGUCUAGCUGCUCAAAGAGGGGCGAAGCCAGGACACCUCCACCUCCCCACCUUACUGCAGAGGCCAGGACGGGAUGGAUCCUGGCCUGGGCAGCUGGCAGGUGCUUAGCUUGGUGUGGACUCCCUUGCUUUGCUGGCUUUGUCCCCUCGGGAGCUGGGAUGAGCACAGCUCUGAGGUGUGCUCACCCAGCCUUGGCCAAAGCUUUCAGCCCAGAGCGCUGCCAUGGUGCAGCUGGUGCUGGCAAGGCUGCUCUGCCCUCCUGCCCUCUCCAGGGCAGUGCAGUGUGAACCCCAAGAGAAGUAAGGAAAGGGGAGCUGCUGUGCUGGCUCUGUCCUUCCCUCUCACUGUGCCUCCCCAUAACCACCCCCAUGGGGCAUUGUCCCUUCCCAGCUUGUAGCCAGCCAGCUACCUGGGCAGCUGCUCUGGAGCUCUAGACUGAUCCUGCCCCUCCAAACAAGGGGGAGGCUGGUUUCAAGGGAUGGGCUUGCCUUGGAACAUCAUCCAUCCAGCCCCUCUGAAACCUAGUAUGCAAGAGCGGGCUUUUAGCCAAGCAAAAGCAAGGUCCAAGGCUAGGGAGCCUUUUCUUCUGCUGUGAAAUUCAGCACCUAAGGUGCAAUAGGUUCCUUCUGCCCCUUGACAAGGGCUAGCACUUGAAGCUUAUCUAUCUGUAUAUAGCCCCCUCCUCUCAGAACAGCAGCCUCUUCUACUACCAAACAGGUUCUUGCAGUGGCUCUCUGGCUGUCCUCACCAGGUGACAAUGCACACACGAUCCACCCCUCGCUGCCCAUCCUUCACUUCCUGACACAGCACUGCAACCUACAGCCAUGGCAUCAUCUUCCCCGCUCACUUCUCCCGUGCCCUCCCGCUUCGCCCCAUGCACCUUCACCCCUGCAGCUGCUCCCAGCUCAACGUGGGCCAGCUGCUUCCCAGCCCUGCCUGCAGGCUGCCUUUCUGGGGGGUGGGGGUGGUGUCACCCCACAGCCCCUCUCUUUCCCUCCGCUCGCCAACCCCUCCUGCAGAGAGCGUGGGCUGCAUGGCUUUGCCUCUGCAGCCAACCUGUGGCACAAUGUUAUCAAGCAAGGGGCAGCUGAAGCAGCAACCAGGACGGUGGGAUGGGGGAUGCCCAGCCCAGGGUAAAAGGACGCUUAUAAAUAUGUGCCUGUGAGCACGCCAACCUCUGCCUCCCCCUCCCCGGCCAGCUGCCUGCACCAUGCUCCUCUUUGAGAGCUG